AGAAAUCAACAUUUUCUGUACAUUCGAGUCCCUUUUGGGAGCUGCUGCUUAUCCGUGAUUGGAGUUCUGUGAUGAUUGAGCCUCUAGCUCUUUACAGGACACGAGCUCCUUCUCCAAGGCUCAUCCCUUCAGAAGGCACAUGAAUGUCUUCCCAUACCCCCAUGCUCUGUGGGGAAUAUGGGGAACGGACUGCACUUCCAUCCUCCCUACACCUAAGCAACACCCACAGGAGGUAGAGGCUGGGGAGCAUAUUUCUAGUUCUGACAGGUCGAUCUGUACCUCUCUACCUGAAUCAUCAGGUGGGCAGGCUUGUGUACAUACAUGGAAGCUCACACGUGCGUGCACACACACGCGCACACACACACUCACUCACUCAUGCCUCCUGGGCUCAAACGCCUGCAUAAGCAGGAGCGACUCUUCAAUUAUUGGAAACUAUUAAUCAUGUUUACAUUUGGUUCAGAGACAGCUCUUGAUCCAUAUCCUUUCAGUCCACCUUAUUCCCCACCUUCUAGCCAAAGAAUUAUUUGUCCAGACAGCUCCCUCCCUUCCUUACCCUGUCCUGGCCAGAAAUCUGAAGAGGAUGUCCAUGGCCCAUUGAAGAAUUUCCCACCCCUGAAGUUGAGCUCACCUGAGGAUUCACCUCAUCCAACGGGAACAGGCUUGAACAGUGGAGAGGGAGGACAGAGCUGCCCCCUCUGCAGCCCCUCCACAGUCCCAACCUGGAUGGCUUUUGCCUCGAUUGACUUUGCAAAAUGCCAUUUGUAGGGCUUGGCUCUGGGGAUGGCACAGACAGACACACACAUGCACACAUACACGUUGCCACACACAGACACCUACACCCCAUGCAAGGAUGCCAGAUGACAGAACAGAAAAGGCCUCCCUUUCAUCCAGCAGCCUUCUGAUUCCAGAGGAGAGUCUCCGAGCCACGACCUGCUGUUUCCCUGGCGACUCAGGCCUCAAAAUAAACAGGAUUCUGCUCAGACGGGCCAGAAGUCCAUUCGGCUCAGACAUUUGCCCCAAGACAAACCACGUUAAAAUAACACCCAGGGUAGCUGCUGCCACCGUCUUCUGUCUCUACCUCCCUCCUGGCUGGCCAAUGGCUCUGUGUUCCUGGGCCUGCUGCUGGCUGUCCAGAGUAGGGGUUGCUUAGAGCUGUGUGCAUCCCUGCGGGUGAGGUGGGGGUGGGCGGUUGUCUAAAGGCAGGUCCCCUCUGCUGAUAAACAAGGACCGGAGAUAGACCUCGAGGCUGACAUUCUUGGCUCUCCCAGCCUGCCCCCGCCCCCCCACCUCGAUUUCCCACACAGCCCUAGGGACGGGUAGCCAGCUCUGUGGCAUGGUAUCUGGAGGCGGGCCAGCAACCUGAUGUGCAUGCCACGGCCCGUCCCUCUCCCCACUCAGAGCUGCAGUAGCCUGGAGGUUCAGAGAGCCGGCUUGGGGCUGCUGGGGCGGCGGCUGCAGCACAGUGACAGUGACAAACACAGAGCAGAAGACACCAAGUGGAUUCUGCUUCCCCUGGGACAGCACUGAGCCAGUGUGGAGAGAGGUACAGCCCUUGGCCUACAAGCUCUUUAGUCUUGAAAGCGCCACAAGCAGCAGCUGCUGAGCCAUGGCUGAAGGGGAAAUCACCACGUUCACAGCCCUGACCGAGAAGUUUAAUCUGCCUCCAGGGAAUUACAAGAAGCCCAAACUGCUCUACUGUAGCAAUGGGGGCCACUUCUUGAGGAUCCUUCCGGAUGGCACAGUGGAUGGGACAAGGGACAGGAGCGACCAGCACAUUCAGCUGCAGCUCAGUGCGGAAAGCGUGGGGGAGGUGUAUAUAAAGAGUACCGAGACUGGCCAGUACUUGGCCAUGGACACCGACGGGCUUUUAUACGGCUCAACACCAAAUGAGGAAUGUUUGUUCCUGGAAAGGCUGGAGGAGAACCAUUACAACACCUAUACAUCCAAGAAGCACGCAGAGAAGAAUUGGUUUGUUGGCCUCAAGAAGAAUGGAAGCUGCAAACGUGGUCCUCGGACUCACUAUGGCCAGAAAGCAAUCUUGUUUCUUCCCCUGCCAGUCUCUUCUGAUUAAAGAGAUCUGUUCUGGGUGUUGACCACUCCAGAGAAGCUUCGAGGGGUCCUCACCUGGUUGAACCAAAAAUGUUCCCUUGACCAUUGGCUGCGCUAACCCCUAGCCCACAGAGCCUGAAUUUAUAAGCAACUUGCUUCUAAAUGCCCAGUUCACUUCUUUGCAGAGCCCUUUACCCCUGCGCAGUUUAGAACAGAGGGACCAAAUUGCUUCUAGGGGUCAACUGGCUGGCCAGUCUGGGUCUGGGUUUGGAUCUCCCAUUGCCUCUUGCAGGCUGAGUCCCUCAAUGCAAAGGCGGGGCCAAAUGAAGUGUGUUAAGGGGUCUGCUGAGUCAUUAAUAACUGCACACUAUUUCCCUCUACUGAGUAAACCCUGUCUGUGAUUCCCCCAAACAUCUGGCAUGGCUCCCUUUGUCCUUUCUAUGCCCUGCAAAUAUUAGCAAAGAAGCUUCAUGCCAGGUUAGGAAGGCAGCAUUCCAUGACCAGAAACAGGGACAAAGAAAUCCCCCCUUCAGAACAGAGGGAUUUAAAAUGGAAAAGAGAGAUUGGAUUUUUGGAUUGGAUAACUUAGAAGGAUGACAUCUCCAUGCAGAAUACAUGAAGAAAGGGAGGCCCAGUGGCAGGAAGGCAGAAUAAAUCCUUGGGAGUCAUUAGCAUGCUUUGACCUUCCCAGGGUUACUCAGCAGCAGAGAGCCCUGGGUAACUACAGGUGGAGAGCACUAGAAGUGGUUUCUUGGUAACAAGCAAGGACAUCAGAGCUGGGAAAUUCAUGUGGAUCUGGGGACUGAGUGUGGGAGUGACGAGAAAGAAAGGGAAACUGUCUCAGGGGAUAUCAUAAAAAGAGGAUGAUUUCAGAAGGAGAAGGAAAGAGAAAGUAAUGCCACACAUUGUGCUUGGCCCCUGGUAAGCAGAGGCUUUGGGGUCCUAGCCCAGUGCUUCUCCAACACCAGAGUGCUUGCAGAUCAUCUGGGGACCUGGUUUGAAGGGAGAUUCAGAUUCAGUGGGUUGGGGGCAGAGUUUCUGCAGUUCCAUCCAGCCCCCAGGUGCAGGUGCUGACGAUACUGCUGCCUUACCUGCCAUAUGUAAAGGAGCAGGGUCCUGGUCCUAAAGAGCGUUAUUCAGCUGAAGGUGGUUCAACUCGCCGAACCUCACCUGACCUCAACUCACCCUUAAAAACGCACACCUCAUGAGUCUACCUGAGCAGUCAGGCAGCACUGGCAGUAGUUAUACCUGUACUAAGGAACAUGAUUUUAAGAUGCUUUGGCCCAAUGCCUAUAAAAUGCCCCUUUCAAAGAUACACAAAAACAUACUUCAAAAAUGUUAAACCCUCACCAACAGCUUUCCCAAGAGACCGUUUGUAUUACCAUUACUUGUAUAAAUACGCUUCCUUCUUAAACUUGACCCAAGUGGCUAGCAAAUUAGAAACACCAUUCAUCUCUAACAUAUGAUACUGAUGCCAUGUAAAGGCCUUUAAUAAGCCAUUGAAAUUUACUGUGAGACUGUAUGUUUUAAUUACAUUUAAAAAUAUAUAGCUUGAAAGCAGUUAAACUGAUUAGUAUUCAGGCACUGAGAAUGAUAGUAAUAGGAUACAAUGUACAAGCUACUCAAUUAUCUGAUACUUACAUUUACCUAUAAAAUGAGAUUUUUGUUUUCCACUGUGCUAUUACAAAUUUUCUUUUCAAAGUAGGAACUCUUGAGCAAUGAUAAUUGUGAAUAAAAAUUGAUGAGAGUGUUAGCUCAUGUUUCAUAUGAAAUUGAAGUAAUUGUUAACUAAAAACAAUUCCUUAAUAACUGAACUGUCAUAUUUAGAAUGGAAGGAAAAUGACAAUUUGUUCAAAGCAUAGUGCAAUUGAAGAAUUGACCUAAGUAAGUUGACAUUAUGGUUAAUAAUAGUAUUUUAGAUUUGGGCAGCAAAAUGAUUUCAUAACAUUUUUGUUUUUGUUACUUGGAUAAGAUCAAUCUGUUUUAUUUUAGUAAAUCUUUGCAGGCAAGUUAGAGAAAAAGCAGUGUGGCUUAACGUCUCUUUAGUAUGAAGAUUUGACCAGAAAAACAUACCCAGAGAGGAAAUCUAAGAUAAUUAUAAUGGUCCAUACUUUUUAUUGUAUGAAUCAAACUCAAGCAUAACAUUGGCCAAGGAAAAUUAAAUGCCAUUGCUAACAUGUGAAAUGGAAGUCUGUGAUUUCAGAGAUGCAAAGCAUUAUAGUAAAAACACCAAUGUGACCUCGACCACCUCAACCCAGAUACCAUUCAUAUAUCUGUUCAAUGACUAUUAAGUUGCCUACUUUGUGCUAGGCACUGUACUGGAUACUGGGGACCUUGUCUGUCUGGUUUGCUGCUGUAUCUUCUCCUAGGGCAUUAUAUUUAUGAUGAAAGAUGCUGUGGAUUCAAUUCUUUCAGUCAAGAAUAAACGCAGACUUUGUAGGUUCCUGCUGAAUAAACAGCAAAUCCCAGAAACCCAGAUUUUGGAAGAAUCAGCAACCCCCACCAUAAAAUAAACCCCUAUCAAAAUGUCAGAGGACAUGGCAAAGUAAACUUAGCAUUUUCAACUUUAGAACCGUGUCAGCUUCAGGGGGACUGCUUUCAAAUCAGCCAAAGAGCCUGUCAGAUCUAGAAGGAAGAGGUUGGUAGUUCCCUGCUCUGUUUUGAACAUGCUCUAGUUCAUUAACCUGGGGGCAUUCCCAUUGCUGUCUUAAGUAAGUCUCAUAGCCAGCUCCCGUCAUGUGAAUUCAUUUUCGGGCCAGCUCUGAACAAAGCAUCAUGAACAUGUGUGCCUUUGGUUGUUUGCAAUGUGAUGGUGGUAGAGGUAGCUACUGGUUUCCUUGGAAAGAAUGAUAAGAAAGAUUCCUAUGGCCAACAGUGUGUAUGAACAAAAAACUGAUUGGAGCAUCAGCUGUUACUGAAGGUCCUUGCUUUAUGUCAGAGGCAACGGAACCCAAGUCUCCAAGUCCUCAGCCUUGAGUGUACUGCUGACAACUAAACUCACAGGCUGCAAAGCAGACCUCUGAUGAAGACGCCUGUCAUUUCAUAUCACUGUCUUUUUGUGUAUCAUAGUCUGCACCUUACAAAUAUUAAUAAAUGUUCCAAUAACAGGUGA